CGUUGUUUCAGUAUCUGCGAAUUUCGGUUUGUGAAAAUGGCGGAUCCGACCAGAAGGGUUUUGAAAGAAGAAGUUCUGACUUACGCUUACAUUCUCUUAUACAUCGCUCUCUCCAGCGGUCAAAUCUUCUUCAACAAGAUUUGGUUGCGUUUGUUUAUUCACUUCGCUCCUUGAUCAUACUUGAAAUGAAAUUCAUAUGGUUUAACGGACGAAUCAUAUUCGAAAAUGAACUACUUACUUUCUUGGAAAUGCACGAGGGAAGAAAUUGAUUAGAGGAUAAAAAGAUUUAAGAAGUUUGUCUGGUGCUAACUGAGUGGGUUUUGUCAUCUAAGGAAAUGAAUUUUCCUUAUCCUCUUGGACUGACUUUGCUUCACAUGGUCUUUUCAUCUGUUUUGUGUUUCAUAGUCACCAAAGUGUUCAAGAUUAUUAAGCUUGAGGAAGGAAUGACUCUAGAAUUAUAUACUACAUCAGUGUCUAUUGGUGCAAUGUUUGCGAUGACUCUCUGGCUUGGAAACACUGCCUAUCUGUAUAUUUCUGUUGCGUUUGCACAAAUGUUGAAGGCCAUUAUGCCAGUAGCUGUUUUUGUUCUCGGAGUAGCUGCUGGACUUGAGAUGAUGAGCUGCAGAAUGCUUUUGAUAAUGUCUGUGAUAAGUUUUGGUGUUCUGGUGGCUUCUUAUGGGGAAAUCAAUAUCAGCUGGAUUGGAGUUGUCUACCAAAUGGGUGGUGUUGUUGGAGAAGCUCUAAGACUUAUAUUCAUGGAGAUUCUGGUUAAGAGGAAGGGUUUAAAAUUAAACCCUGUAUCUGUAAUGUAUUAUAUUAGCCCCUGCAGUGCGAUUUGCUUGUUCAUACCAUGGAUCUUUUUAGAGAAACCAAAAAUGGAAGCACAGGGGACAUGGAACUUUCAACCCCUUGUGUUAACACUCAAUUCUCUUUGUACUUUUGCACUCAACUUAUCGGUUUUUCUUGUUAUCUCCCAUACAAGUGCUCUCACCAUUCGAGUUGCUGGAGUUGUCAAGGAUUGGGUGGUUGUCUUGCUGUCUGCCAUUCUGUUUGCUGAUACAAAGCUGACUGUAAUAAAUCUGUUUGGUUAUGCCAUUGCCAUUGCUGGUGUAGCUGCAUAUAAUAAUCACAAGUUGAAAAAGGAAGCUACUAGAGGUGGCUCCAGUGACUCACAAGAUGCUGAAUCUGUAGCAUUGGUUCCACCUGCAACUCCUAACAGAUAACAUGAGCUGGUUCUGUACUGGGGUUUUAUGUUUUUUCUUGUUCUAAUGUGGAGCUGAGUUAGCCAGUGAAGUAGAGAAAGUUACUUGUAAAGAUGGAAAAUCCCAAUUGUAUCAUCAGAAAAAAGAAAAAUUUACUGGAAGGCGUAUUUAAUAUCAAGGUGCUGUAGAACACAGAUGAUUGUUUUGAAAGAAAUUAUUCCGAUAGAAACUGAUACAUUUGAAAUCCCCUUCACUGACUUGGAUACAAGGUAUAUCUGAUGGUGACAAUGUGCAACAUGAAUUCUGGAAGCUGGUCUACUUGACUGUUAAGCCUUUACUUCUGUUGGCAUUAUAUUAUAGCACAGAAUUGAACCAUCAGGUCUAUUUUUCUAAUCAGGUCUAUUUUUCUAAGUCCUGAAGGUAUGGUUGCAAAAUAGAAGGUUUCAUGAAAUGGGGUUAGCUUUAACAGGUAGGGCAUGGGAGAGGAGAGGUCGUAAUGGCCUGUAGUCAGAUGGGUAGUUUCUUGAGGGGCUGAGUUUUCCUCAGGAUUCACAAAAUUUUCCUCUGUUUUAUGCUGGCUUAUCUGUUCUAUUUAUUGCUAGUCUUGUUUUGCGUUCGUGCUUUAUCAAUUAUGAGGCAACUUUUGUACUGUUGGCUGUUUGUUGUCAAUGAAAGUAUUGUUCCAUUA